GCUGUCAACACACAACCUGGCCGUUUCUCACGUUUCUCCAUUUUCUCCAUUAACGCCUCUUCCCUUGGCCUGGGCUUUUCUGUAUGCUAAUUCACGCAGGUGUCGCUAGAGGGCGUGUCGAGGCUGGUCCUAUAGCGAGAGGCUCAUACAGGAAUAUGCAAAUGAACCCGACGCUGCGUCUUCGCAUUGGUCCGCGGAUGCUACAGGGAGUGGGAGGGGUUUGACCAUCUGGCUGUAUAAAUAAACUCAUGUGCCGCUUGCUCUCUGUAUACUUCAGUGACACGGUGUGAAGUCGGUGGGGCAGAGAGAGCGAAAGCGCUGGAGGAAAAGAGCAAGCAGUUUACAGGGAUCUACUGUUUCAUAUAUAUAUAUAUAAACAACAACAAUAAAGUAUAUCAAAGCUGUCCUGACGGAGGAGAAGGCACGCAGGUAGCUCGGGAUAUCCGCUGACAGACUUCAGUACUCUUUCUGUGGGCUGUCCCAUCGCUGGAACUUACUGUGAUUUCAUUUUUUUUUUUUAUGUAUGUGUUUUCUUGCUAUGUUUCUUACUGACUCUCCUUAGCUAACCAUUCCACUUAACUGGACUGAUUAAGUGGCUGAUGGUUCGAGUUGUCGGUGCUGCUGGUGACUGUUCCGCGCGAGUGAGGAAACUUCCAGCUGUUUGGCCCUGUGUGAGGACAGCUGUGCACAGCUGGAGACAAGGGAUAACCGCACGUGCAAAAACAGAAGAAAAGUUGGGCAAACCUGUUUCUGGCAUUUUCUACAAUUUACGCUUCACCUGAAGGCGCGUUUAGAGGACUGAAGCAAAGACAGUUCUGAAGUGUCGAGUUCGUGCAUUUGACCCGAGUGAAGUUGUCAACAAGAGGAGCGCAGAGGCGACCUGGCAGGUGUACAAGUGAGUUUACACGUGUGCUGCACGUCUAGCCCUGCUGCUAUAAAUAGAAGCCGUUCUACGCACUAAAAUCAGAGAAACAGAUGCUAAAGAGCUGUGCGUGAAACAUCCCACCUGCACAGUCUUCACAGGACAGCACAGGACACUACAGGACAGCACAGGACACUACAGGACAGCACAGGACACUACAGGACACUACAGGACAGCACAGGGCCUCUCACUCCCCCUCGCUUUGGCUCUGAGGCUGCACGUGUCCUCGCAUGGACUGACAUGGCUGCGGACCUCGCCAUGAGCGCUGACCUGCCCAACAGCCCCCUGGCCAUCGAGUAUGUGAACGACUUCGACCUCAUGAAGUUUGAGGUGAAAAAAGAGCCGCCUGAAGCCGAGCGCUACUGCCACCGCUUACCGCCGGGCUCUCUCUCCUCCACGCCCAUCAGCACGCCCUGCUCCUCCGUGCCUUCCUCGCCAAGCUUUUGCGCACCGAGUCCCGGCGCACAGCCCGUCCAGAACCUCGGAGUUAACAACAACAACAACAACAGCAGCAGCAGCAAUGGUGGAAACAACAGCAGCAACAGUACUCAAGGCGCCUCGGGCAAGCCCCAGCUGGAGGAUUUCUACUGGAUCCCUAACUACCAGCACCACAUCAGCCCCGAGGCGUUAAACCUGACCCCUGAGGACGCGGUAGAGGCGCUCAUUGGCAACGCGCACCACCACCACCAUCACCAUCACCACCAGCCCUACGACACGUUCCGCGGGCAGCAGUACGUCGGCGAGGACCUGUCGACCUCCUCGAACGGCUACCACCACGCGGCGCACGCCCACCACGCGCACCACCACCACCACGGCCACCACACGCACGCGCGCCUCGAAGACCGCUUCUCGGACGAGCAGCUCGUCAGCAUGACGGUGCGCGAGUUGAACCGGCAGCUGCGCGGCUUCAGCAAGGAGGAGGUGAUCCGCCUGAAGCAGAAGCGGCGCACCCUGAAGAACCGCGGCUACGCGCAGUCGUGCCGCUACAAGCGCGUGCAGCAGCGGCACAUGCUCGAGACCGAGAAGUGCACACUGCAGAACCAGGUGGAGCAGCUCAAGCAGGACGUGGCGCGCCUGGCCAAAGAGAGGGACAUGUACAAAGAAAAGUACGAGAAGCUCGCAGGCCGGAACUUCACCGGCGGCAGCAGCGGCACCCGGGACCCGUCCAGCGGCAACCACGGCAAAGCCUCAUCGGCGGAUUUCUUCAUCUUUAGUGUGCACUUGGAAAGAAGAACAAGAGAAAAGGAAGACAGAAGAGUGGAAAUUGAGAGAGGCAGAGGAAGAGCUUCUGUGUUCUCUGGCGUCUCAGCUGCACUGCCGAUGAGAUUCCCCUGUAGUCAGCGUCUCUACGGGCUCGGUUUACGGGAGAGGCAGACAACACACCCACACGACCACAAUGGACAACCCGUUCACACACUCACAAGCUACACAGCAAGUGUGUGCGGCUUCUGCACACUUACUUAAGCCGAUGCACAGGCCAAACUUGAGCACGUGACUCCUCUGUUCAAGGAGACAAGUGGACCCAAAUCAUGCCAGCAAAAAUAAGUGCCCCCACAGCAUAAUAAAGCCACAGAAAUGUGAGUUACACGAAUUGUUAUGAAUUUACAAGCAUGAGAACAUGUUUGUUCUCUGUCACCAGGUCAAUUUCCUCUUUUUUCAGACUGAAAAAUAUGCGGGUGAUUGUUUGAUGACUCAAGUGGGAUUCACUGCAGUGCUUAAGUAGCUGACAUGCACGUGACAGUGAGAGUUCUGCCUUCCUUCUUGAUUUUCAGAUAUUUUGACCUCCUAUAACCUCAGAAAACAUGUUUUUGCUGACCUGUUGAGAUCACUGUGUUCCUGCAGCUUUCACUUCCUUCAUCUGCAGACAUGAGUGACAGCACUUCAGAGGACCCUGAGCUUAUCAAUACUCAGUUGAGAUGUCUGGACUUGUGUAAUGUGUAUGCAUGUGUAUUUACCA